AGCGUUCAAGGGCGGGGUCUGGAUGCGGCGGCCCAGUCCUUCUGGGCUCCAGCCAGGGUUUGGCAGCCAUGGCUUGGCCCCGUGUGCGGCUGGUGGUCACCGCCGACGACUUUGGUUAUUGCCCGCGGCGCGAUGAGGGCAUCCUGGAGGCCUUCCUGGCAGGGACCGUGACCAGCGUGUCGCUCCUGGUCAACGGCACGGCCGCCGAAAGCGCGGCCGAGCUGGCCCGCAGGCACAGCAUUCCCACGGGCCUCCACGCCAACCUGUCUGAGGGCCGUCCGGUGGGCCCGGCCCGCCACAGCGCCUCGUCGCUCCUCAGCCCGGAAGGCUUCUUUCUGGGCAAGAUGGGAUUUCGGGAGGCCUUAGCGGCUGGCGACAUUGCUUUGCCCCAGGUGCGGGAGGAGCUAGAGGCUCAACUCAGCCGCUUCCGGGAGUUGUUGGGCAGGUCCCCCACGCACGUGGACGGGCACCAGCACGUGCAUGUGCUCCCAGGUACGCCGAUGGAAUCGCCCCGGUCGGGGGUGGGCCUGGUGGGGGAACGGAUGCCACCCGGUGGGGAGACUCCUCAGAGCCCGCCCCUCCCAGCAGGCGUGUGUCAGGUGUUCGCGGAGGCGCUGCAGGCCUGCGGGGUCCGCUUCACACGGCUGCCCGCCGAACGCGGGUUGGGCAGCUGCGCGUGGCUCGAAGCGCCAGCGCGAGCCUUCGCAUGCACUGUGGUGCGCGAUGCCCGUGCCGCCAUGGGUCCCUUCUCCCGCCACGGCCUGCGGUGGACCGAUGCCUUUGUGGGCCUGAGCACUUGUGGCCGGCAUAUGUCUGCUCACCGAGUCUUGGGGUCCCUGUUGCGUGCCCUGGAAGAUAUCCCUGCUGGCCACGCCCUCACUGCGGAGUUGAUGGCACACCCUGGAUACCCCAGUGUGCCUCCAGCAGGAGGCUGCGGUGAGGGCCCCGAUGCAUUCUCUUGUUCUUGGGAGCGGCUGCAUGAGCUGCACGUCCUCACAGCACCCACCCUGCGGGCUCGGCUGGCCCAAAAUGGUGUGCAGCUCUGCGCUAUAGACGACCUGGAUUCCAAAAGGCCCGGGGAAGGGGUCCCCUGUGAGGCAACUAUGGAACCCUUUCUGGAGCCUUCCCCACCCUGACACCGAAGGCCACUAAGAACUGCCUCUCACUGUGGAGGAAGGCCAAGGCUAAAGCUCCAGUUCAGCCAGGCCCUGGAGUAGGGUCCGACUUCUUAGAGUGAGAAGCCAUUAACCCUGUUCCUUGGUCAGCCUUGCCUGGCUGCAGGCAGUCUGUGACAUCUGGGCGUGAGGCCUGCUGAGCAUUUAUCUGGUGCCCAUUCAUGUUAUAACCACUUGUUUAGGAGCAGAAGGUGGGUUAAUAAAAUAAUGUCUUUCAGA